CCAUCCAUUCAAAUAAAAUCAAGAGCGAAAGUUCGAAGCUUGACUGUUUCAUCUCCAAUGGCGGGUGCGCGUGUUUGCGCCACCUUCCCCAAUCUCGCACACCCAAUCUUACCCGCCACCACCCCGCCCAAAAUUCCGGUAUCAGCCUCCGUUUCCGUACCGUCAAAAAUCACUCGCCGGAAGAACUAUUUGCGCCCCAAAAUUCUCAAAACCCUAAACCCUAAACCCGACCCGCAACCCGCACAGCCCGUAGUUCCCGUCGAAUCUCCAGUAACCCCAUCCCAAGACAACCAUGAAUUCGAGCAUAGCUCCGACCGAGGCGACGUCGUUUUGGGAGGAGCUGAAGUCGAAGAAUUAAGAGUGUCUGAGACGACGGCGGAGCUCAGUGGCAUUUCUGGUAAAUUUUCUGCGAGGACUGUGCUAAAAUAUGGGGGUUAUUUUAUUGGGCUUUUUGUGCUACAGACUGUUGUUUCUGUUUUGUUAUUGGGAGAUAGUGAUCCUGAUGAAAAUAGCAAGUCUAGGAGUUCAGUAUUAGGCAAAUCCAAUUUGAAGACGAGUUCUGGGUCUGAAUUGGGCAAUGUGGUUCGGUUCGAUGAUUCCCGAUUGGGGGAGAAAAUUGAAGAGAUUAGGGCAAUGGCAAGGAAAGCGCGAAAGAUUGAGAAGAAUGAGUCCAAGGGAAGUAUUGGAAAUGAGGAUGAUGCAUUUUCGAAGUCUAAGAAUAAGAUUGGGAUUGAAAGGGAGGUUGGGAACCGGUUGGUUAACUUGCAGAAGAGGUUGGGUUCCAAAAGGGAGAAGUUGCCGGGUUCGUUUGUGAAUUAUCUGGAAAUGUUUGGGAAGUUUGAAGAUGGGGUGAGGAAGAAUAAUGAGAAUGUGAAGGAGGGGGAUGGGGCGUUGAUGUUUAAGAAGAAGCUGAAGUUUAAGACUCCUACUGCAGAGGUGAAUAGGAAUCCGAAGGGUUUUGGAGGUGUCAAAGAGGAAGGUGGUUCUAGUAAGAGUAAGAGAGGUUCAGGUGGUGUAGAUGAAAUUGGGAGAAAUGCAAGUGUUGGUACUGAUGGUAUGGAAUUGCUGGAAGUUGAUGAUAAGGAGAAGCCGCGAGAGACUUUGGAGAAAGGAACAGGGAGAUUAGAUGAAGGACAGGACAGAGAAGCUGGAAAUAUGGAACCGCAGAAUGGUACUGUCCACAGGACUAUACAAGGGAGGUCAUCUGCUGAAGAUGUAGAGUCAAUCAAACCAAGAGGCUUCGGGAAGAAAAACCCUGAAAGCUUGAAGAAAGAAAUUCAGGGAAGGACAGUAGAAUCAGAUGGUCCUACUGUGCAGAGUGUGAAUAGCGGUUCAACACAGAAAAAAGCCAAAAAACAAGCACUGGCUAACAAAGUCAGUAGUAAGCAGUCAGACAAUGAGACUGAUCCAUGGUGGUUGCAUCUUCCUUAUGUUCUAGUUAUUUUUAUGCGUAGAGGUUCUGAUGGGCAAGGAGGGCUUUUUAGCAUAGAGCUCAAUUCUCAGUCCCAAAAUGAGAGUGAUGCUUCCUAUACUGUUGCUUUUGAGGACCGUGGUGAUGCCAAUAACUUCUGUUUCCUAUUGGAGUCUUGUUUUGAAGAUCAAGAUGAUUUCAGGGCCACUGCUGCUCCCUUACCAAAUAAAGAACUUCAUAAAGCAGUAAAAUCAGAUGGCAUGAAGGUAAUUGUUGUGAAGAAGGGGCAGCUUCAGCUGUAUGCUGGGCAACCUUUUGCUGAAGUUGAAAUGGCUUUGCGCUCUUUAGUUUUACAAAACUGAAGUGCUUGCAAAAUGGAUUUUGUUCAUCCUUCAAGUUCUUCCUCCAAUCGGGAUGGCUUUUGAUUUUAGAGUUCAUGGCAUUUUUGAUGUUAAAAUGCUCUUGGUCUGAGUUUUCCUAAUAUCAAGUGAAGGUUGAUCAGAGUAAACCAUGAAUGUCUCGUUUCCUGUCGUUGUGGGAAUACGAAGAAUAUAUGAUGAACCCCAGUUGCAGCAAAGAUAUAGUGAAGGGUGCAGUUGUGAUAGAGAUGUUUCCAUAGAUGUUUACCUUCUUUGCAUUUCUUUUAUUUUAUGAGUAAAAUAGGAAAUAUUUCAAACAUAGAACUAGUGUGUUCAUAUAGUUGGGAAUACAGCUUACAUAGAUGAGUUGGAAUUUCACAUUGUACAUUAUUCUAGUCUUUAAGAGAUGAAGAAACACUUUUGGGGGUGGAGCCACAGUUUUGUAGAGCCAUGGCUAUUUUGUGGGUGAUUUUGUUCAAAGAAAUGCUAGAAUUCUCUUUGUACUUUUA